GUGAUAUUAAUUUUUAAAUAUAUUCUAUAUUUAAGAUGCACUAUUAUGCAACGAUCGUAAAGUGGAAGAGUGUUGAGUAGGGUUGGGAGCAGAAAAGGGCUAAGUAAACAAGGGUCUAUCGAAUGAAUUCACACGCGUUGAUUACAUUUGCAAUCGCUAGGUUUGGUACACCACGACGGAUGUUGCUUACACACCUUAUCGGACCAAUUGUUCACACUACCUUCACCGUCCCGUAGUCUACCCGGAAAACUAAGGCCCCCUUUGAUAUAGCUUCUGUGUACUCAGAGCGUCAUACUGGUUGCGAAGAAGCUAGGCAUAAAGCUAAAUCUCAGGAAAAUGAACAUAUACGAUCCCGUUGCAAUGGAUACCCUGUCCAAGCUCAAUCCACAUCACAUCCUGCCGAUGCUGGUAGACAACGGCACUGUUGUAUUCGAACCGUGCGCGAUCGUCCUGUAUCUGGUGGAAAUGUACGCCAAGAACGAUGCGCUCUAUCCGAAGGAUGCGCUAGUGCGGUGCGUUGUGAAUCAGCGGCUCUUCUUCGACGUUGGCACACUGUACAAACAGAUCUACGAAAACGUGCACGUUCAAAUGCGGAACAGUCAGCCCAGCGAGAAGCAGGUGCAAAGGUUGCAGAAGGCAGUCGACGUGCUGGAAAGCUUCCUUUACGAACGAUCGUACAUGGCCGCAGAUCAGCUGACGUUGGCGGACAUUUGUUUGCUAGUUACGGUCAAUGCGCUCACGCUUUGGUUGGGCUACGAGCUUGCACCUUAUCCACGGAUCAGAGAUUGGCUCGGGAGAGUGGUGGCAGAGCUUCCGGGUUGUGUUGAGUUUCAAAGGGAGGUAGAGGACGCCACCAGGGCGUACGUAGUCAAUCGAAAGAUUUGAGUGUGAGGAACUGUAGCUGUAGUCUGUCACAAAGGUAGCGAGAUACUAAACGAACAUGAAUUUGCAUCUGCUUGAUGGAAUAAUGCGUAGCGUCACUCCUACACAUCACGCCUUAUCACGCCGGAGGGAGGGAUGGAUGCUUAUUAUCUAAUAAAACUCUCUACAAAACCAGGGGU